CCCGCGCGACCAAGGUGCUCUGGGAGUCACAUCAAUACCGAUGUUCUUUUGGAGAUCGUGAGUGUUCCAGUACGGUCUGGUAAGCGCGAACUUGAAGUAUUCGUAGAAUAAUAUAUUGUUUUGCGAGACUCCAGCAAAACAAGGGAUUCAAAACUGAGUUGCCAGAUGGCACGUUUCGAGUACGGUGCCAGUGCGAACGUACUGUACCAACAAUCGCAAAACGAAUGCAGUACGUACCGUAUCUUGCGUUCAGAAUUUUGAUCCCAGAACUACUAGUGCGUACCGGCAGUCAUCGGACGAGACGAAGGAUACGAAAAAGUCAAAAAUCAUUCGCCAACUUGCCACUCGGAAACACAAAUUGGCAGGAAGACACAGCGCAAGUAAUACGAGUGGACAUUCCAACUUUUUCGACGCUGCUGUCCUAUAAGCUAACUUCUAUUCUCGUACGAUAAAAAAACACGAUGGAUACCCUUUCCACAGAAGAACAAAACCCUACCCCGGACGACCAGAGACCGGUGUCCUUUGCCAUCGUUUCGACCGCCGAGAUCGCCAAGAACAAGGUCAUCCCCGGUCUUUUGUCGGUUCCUUAUGCGGUCCUCGUCGGUGUAUCCUCGCGCAGCAGGGAAAAGGCUCAGGCGUUUGUCGAUGAGCACUGCGGGGGAGCUCCCUGCAUGGGCAUGACCCAUGACGAGAUCUUUGACGGCGUUGAUGCCCCGGGUACCACCGCGACUCCCCGGAUCGAUGCCCUGUACGUCCCACUGCCCUCGGGGGUCCGGAACAGCUACCUCAAGAGGGCCCUCGAGCUUGGCAAGCACGUAUACUCCGAGAAACCGCACGGUGGCACCGUGAACGAGCUAAGGGCCGUCCUCGACCUGGCUGCCUCGAAGAACCUUCAGUGGAUGGACGGUACCAUGUGGUAUCAUGCCCACCGCACCAAGGAGAUGGAGGAGCGACUCCUUCCGAGCAGCAGCAAUGCCAGUGGCAACCCCAAACCUCUCGGAAAGGUCCGACGGGUGUCGGCGAGCUUCACCUGGGGCGGCGGUGGCCUCGUCGACGAAGCGUGGAGAGAGGGGGGGAACGGAAGGACGGACCCCCUCCGGGAGCCGAUGGGGAUGCUCGGAGACAGCGGCCACUAUCCCGUCUCUGCCGUCCUAUGGGCCUUUGGCUGGGAGCUCCCAACGAUGGCAAAGGCGGUGUACACAAAGCGCAACCGCCUCGGGGCCAUUAUCUCCGUCGAGGCAGUCCUGUGGUUCGAGGACGGGGGCCGGGCGAUCGUCGACGCGAGCUGCGAGCUCCCCCACCGGUCCCAGUUCGAGAUCGUUUGCGACAACGGGAUCCUGAGGGUCGACGACCUGGUUGGCGGUCAGGGCCGGUCGGGUGAUUUCGGGGCUUACGAGCGGCCCUUUGUCGGUGCCUCGGAGUACACUUUGGGAGACUACACGGGAAGAGACACCAAAGCGUCCGCGGAGGCCUGCGACCAGGUGCAGUGCCUCCUCCGGGCCUUUUGCGGCCGCGUCAAGGCGAUCGAGGGGGGUGGGGCCGCGGACCCGGAGUGGAGCAGACGCUCGCUGUGUACCCACACGGUGCUUUGCGCGAUCUUCGAGUCGUCGAUGCGGGACGGCGUCGACGUGGGCAUCGUCCGGGGGAACACGGACACAAGGGCCACCGGGUACGUGAUCGAGGGACAGACCUACGGGGACCUGCCGACGAGGGACUGGAGCCAAGCCACCAGAGGUCCCUGACGAAGGGGAGCCUAUCUUUCCUGCUGCUGCUAGUACUGUACUGAGAGCACAAAUGUUCGUUUCCCCGCCCUGUUAGACGAGGAUUCUUGCUAGAGAAGGAGGUCGUUGGUACUAGUAAUACGCCUUUUAGGUAUUAGCACUACAGUAAUACAGAAACAGUUUCAAU